GCCCCGGCAGUUGGUGCAGCGGCGGUUGGGGUGAGUGCGCUUACCCCACCCCUCCCCUCCUCGGCCCGGGCCCCGGCCCCCCAUCCCGCGGGGCCCAGCCCCAGCGCCAGCCUCCGCCGUGCCCGUCCCGUGCGGGCCCGUGCCGCCCCUCAGCCGGCGACGCCCGGGGCCGCCCGCCCGCCCGCCACCAUGGAGCUGGAGGACGGUGUGGUGUACCAGGAGGAGCCCGGCGGCUCCGGGGCCGUGAUGUCAGAGCGGGUGUCCGGCCUGGCCGGCUCCAUCUACCGCGAGUUCGAGCGGCUCAUCGGGCGCUACGACGAGGAGGUGGUCAAGGAGCUGAUGCCACUGGUGGUGGCCGUGCUGGAGAACCUGGACUCGGUGUUCGCGCAGGACCAGGAGCACCAGGUGGAGCUGGAGCUGCUGCGGGACGACAACGAGCAGCUCAUCACCCAGUACGAGCGGGAGAAGGCGCUGCGCAAGCACGCCGAGGAGAAAUUCAUUGAAUUUGAAGACUCUCAGGAACAGGAAAAGAAGGAUUUACAGACCCGAGUAGAAUCUCUGGAAUCUCAAACCAGACAACUUGAACUUAAAGCAAAAAACUAUGCUGACCAGAUUAGCAGACUUGAAGAAAGAGAAGCAGAACUGAAGAAGGAAUAUAAUGCACUGCAUCAGAGACAUACUGAGAUGAUCCAUAAUUAUAUGGAACACUUAGAAAGAACCAAACUUCAUCAGCUCUCAGGGAGUGAUCAACUAGAGGCUACAGCUCAUAGUAGAAUUAGAAAAGAACGUCCUAUAUCAUUAGGAAUUUUCCCACUACCUGCUGGAGAUGGAUUGCUUACACCUGAUACUCAGAAAGGAGGCGAGACCCCAGGAUCAGAGCAAUGGAAAUUUCAGGAAUUAAGUCAACCACGUUCUCAUACCAGCCUGAAGGUCAGCCAUAGUCCUGAACCUCUGAAGGCUGUAGAGCAGGAGGAUGAACUUUCUGAUAUUAGUCAAGGCGGAUCUAAAGCUACCACUCCAGCUUCAACAGCAAAUUCCGAUGUGUCAGCGAUUCCUCCUGAUACUCCCUCAAAGGACGAUAAUGAAGGACUUGUAAAAGGCACAGAUACACCAAAUAAGUCAGAGAUAAGCAAACACAUAGAAGUACAGGUUGCCCAAGAGACUAGGAAUGUAUCUACAGACUCCGCUGAAAAUGAGGAGAAAUCAGAGGUUCAAGCAAUCAUUGAAUCCACUCCUGAAUUGGAUAUGGACAAAGACCUCAGUGGAUAUAAAGGUUCAAGCACUCCCACCAAAGGCAUAGAGAACAAAGCUUUUGAUCGAAAUACAGAAUCUCUCUUUGAAGAACUGUCUUCAGCUGGCUCGGGCCUCAUUGGAGAUGUGGAUGAAGGAGCAGAUUUACUAGGGGAAUAUUCUGACCAUAAUUUCUUUGGAAUGGGUCGUGAAGUGGAGAAUCUCAUACUAGAGAAUACACAGCUGCUGGAAACCAAAAAUGCUUUGAAUGUAGUGAAGAAUGAUUUAAUAGCAAAAGUGGAUGAGCUGACCUGUGAGAAAGAUGUGCUGCAGGGAGAAUUGGAGGCUGUGAAACAGGCCAAGCUGAAGCUAGAGGAAAAGAACAAAGAGUUGGAGGAGGAGCUCAGGAAAGCUCGUGCAGAAGCUGAAGAUGCAAGGCAAAAAGCAAAAGACGAUGAUGAUAGUGACAUUCCCACAGCCCAGAGGAAGCGGUUCACUAGAGUGGAAAUGGCCCGAGUUCUCAUGGAGAGAAACCAAUACAAAGAGAGGCUGAUGGAACUUCAAGAAGCUGUUCGAUGGACAGAGAUGAUCCGGGCAUCACGAGAAAACCCAGCCAUGCAAGAAAAAAAAAGGUCCAGCAUCUGGCAGUUUUUCAGCCGACUUUUUAGCUCUUCAAGUAAUGCAACAAAGAAGCCUGAACCCCCUGUGAAUCUGAAGUACAAUGCACCCACUUCUCACGUGACUCCCUCAGUAAAGAAAAGAAGCAGCACCUUAGCGCAGCUCCCUGGUGAUAAGUCCAAGGCGUUCGAUUUCCUUAGUGAGGAAACUGAGGCUAGUUUAGCUUCCCGCAGAGAGCAAAAGAGAGAGCAGUAUCGGCAGGUGAAGGCGCAUGUUCAGAAGGAAGAUGGUCGAGUACAAGCUUUCGGCUGGAGUCUGCCUCAGAAGUACAAACAGGUGGCCAAUGGUCAAGGGGAAAAUAAGAUGAAAAAUCUACCUGUGCCUGUCUAUCUCAGACCACUAGAUGAAAAAGAUGCAUCUAUGAAGCUGUGGUGUGCUGUAGGAGUCAAUUUAUCUGGUGGCAAGACGAGAGAUGGUGGUUCUGUUGUUGGAGCAAGUGUAUUUUACAAGGAUGUUGCUGGUCUGGACACUGAAGGCAGUAAACAGCGAAGUGCAUCUCAGAGUAGUUUAGAUAAGUUGGAUCAAGAACUCAAGGAACAGCAAAAAGAAUUAAAAAAUCAAGAAGAAUUGUCCAGUCAAGUAUGGAUCUGUACUAGCACCCAUUCAGCUACAAAGGUUAUCAUCAUUGAUGCUGUUCAGCCUGGCAACAUCCUAGAUAGUUUCACUGUUUGCAAUUCUCAUGUUCUGUGCAUUGCAAGUGUCCCAGGAGCUCGGGAAACAGACUACCCUGCAGGAGAAGAACUUUCUGAAUCCGGCCAGGUAGACAAAGCAUCUUUGUGUGGAAGCAUGACAAGCAACAGCUCUGCAGAGAUGGACAGCUUGCUGGGAGGCAUCACAGUAGUUGGGUGCUCCACAGAAGGAGUGACAGGAACUGCUACUUCCCCCAGUACCAACGGUGCUUCUCCAGUGAUAGAAAAGCCACCAGAAAUGGAAGCCGAAAAUAGUGAGGUUGAUGAAAAUGUCCCUACAGCAGAAGAAGCAACUGAAGCCACGGAGGGCAAUGCGGGGUCAGCUGAAGAUGCUGUGGACAUCUCUCAGCCUGGUGUGUACACAGAGCAUGUGUUUACAGAUCCACUGGGAGUUCAGAUCCCAGAAGACCUCUCCCCAGUGUUUCAGUCAAGUAAUGAUGCAGAUGUGUACAAAGAUCAAAUAUCAGUAUUGCCAAAUGAGCAAGACCUGGUGAGAGAAGAAGCUCAGAAAAUGAGUAGUCUUUUACCAACCAUGUGGCUGGGAGCUCAGAAUGGCUGUUUGUAUGUCCAUUCAUCUGUAGCCCAGUGGAGGAAAUGUCUCCAUUCCAUUAAGCUUAAAGACUCAAUUCUCAGUAUUGUACAUGUGAAAGGAAUUGUGCUAGUGGCCCUGGCUGAUGGCACCCUUGCAAUCUUCCACAGAGGAGUUGAUGGACAAUGGGACCUGUCAAACUAUCACCUUUUAGACCUUGGACGUCCUCACCAUUCCAUACGAUGCAUGACUGUGGUCCAUGACAAAGUCUGGUGUGGCUAUAGAAACAAAAUCUAUGUGGUUCAGCCAAAGGCUAUGAAGAUAGAGAAAUCAUUUGACGCACACCCCAGGAAGGAGAGCCAAGUACGGCAGCUUGCAUGGGUGGGGGAUGGUGUGUGGGUCUCCAUCCGUUUGGAUUCCACACUCCGUCUCUAUCAUGCACACACAUACCAACAUCUCCAGGAUGUGGACAUUGAACCUUAUGUAAGCAAAAUGUUAGGUACUGGAAAACUGGGCUUCUCUUUUGUGAGGAUAACAGCUCUUAUGGUGUCUUGCAAUCGCUUGUGGGUGGGGACAGGAAACGGUGUCAUUAUCUCCAUCCCACUGACAGAAACUGUAAUCCUCCACCAGGGACGUUUACUGGGGCUGAGGGCAAAUAAAACCUCAGGGGCUCCAGGUAAUCGUCCUGGGAGUGUAAUCCGUGUAUAUGGUGAUGAAAACAGUGAUAAAGUGACUCCAGGGACAUUUAUACCCUACUGUUCAAUGGCACAUGCACAGCUUUGCUUCCACGGGCACCGAGAUGCUGUGAAAUUCUUUGUGGCAGUCCCAGGUCAGGUCGUUAGCCCACAAAGUGGCAGUAGCGGAGCAGAUCUAACAGCCGACAAAGCAGGGUCAUCUGCACAGGAACCCAGUAGCCAGACGCCCUUGAAGUCUAUGCUUGUCAUCAGUGGGGGAGAAGGCUACAUUGACUUCAGGAUGGGUGAUGAAGGUGGAGAAUCUGAACUUCUUGGAGAGGAUCUUCCACUGGAACCUUCAGUCACCAAAGCAGAAAGGAGUCACCUGAUAGUGUGGCAAGUGAUGUGCGGCAAUGAAUGAGUCCGUAGAGACAGGUGGAGAUGAGGAGGCUGCCUCUUCUGCAUGAUUUCUUUUCCCUUCCCCUUAUUUAAUGCUCUUUUUGUGAAAGACAUUUCACCACAUAAUACGUGAGCAUUUUUUCCCCUGUUACCUUUAUAUUACAAAAUCUGUCCUAUGGUAACAAUACAGAGGAGCGAGCUAGUUUACUGCACCAGUGUUAAUAGGCAAUUUCAGUAUAUCAUGAACAAAUCAAAGGAUGUUUACUUUCUACAAACAGGUAAAUUACAGAAAGCAAUCCAGAUGUGGUUUGCUCUGCCACAGUCUAAUGUCACUCACUUAAUUGAUAAGGUCACUUUUUAGCUGUCACUAAUAAUGGAACUAAUGGAAAAGAUUUAAUAAAUGAAACUGUACAUGAAGUACAAUAGAGUUUUCCCCAGUGUAUUAUAGAAUUGACACACUAAUGGCAGAUGGAUUAUCAGGAUUUAUCUAAAUGUCCCAAGAGGGCUAAAAGCUAACUGUAAAUUACAUUAACUUUCACUUUCAAUUCUGACAAAUCUUGUUUAUAUGGUAUAUAAAACUUUGUUUUCAUCAGAUUUGGGGGUUUUUAUAUUAAAGAAAUUAAGGCUACACUAUUUAAAUAAAAUUUCUUGUUCCUAUCUCAUUAGAACUCUAAAGUUUAUGAAGCUUCCUUCUCUGAAUAUUCUCAUUUUUUAGACUAGUUUUACCCAUUUUCAUACUGACAUUUAAGAAAUGUAUCAUUUGAAGUUUAGGAAAUAUUCUGGGAAGCAUAGAGGACACUUCAAUACUGGAAGGAUAGUCUAAGAGGAAGCUGUGUUUUGUACUCCUUGUCCUAGAGGAUGGUGGUAGUUGAUUCAGUUUUUUCUAUGGAAAAAAAAUGCACCUGUCAGCCAGAUGUUCCUAGGCUGCUCUUAACCUGUUAAGAAGGGGACACUGUGGUGGCCGUGGAUUCGACCUAAUUAGCUGAAUGCAGAAUGAUUAGGAAAGUUGGUUUAUUUUGUUCUGUGUAAAACUACCAGCCAGCGUUUGCUUGGUAUAGAGAAUGCUUCAGCAUUGGCACCCUUGUCAGCUCAAAGUGCCCCCUUCAAAGGGAAAGGCUGCGAAGCCAGCCAAGUCAGCAUCAAUCUUUUCAUUCACGAUGUCCAUUUGAAAAAGUGGGUUUAAAUCUAAUUUUAACUGAUAACCUUAUGAAUUUUCAAAAACCAUUAUGCUAUAUGUUUUUUUUUCCUCUCGCAAGCUUCCUAAAAAUGGAUGAUUUACCAUUUCUUACUCAUGGCUGCAAGCAAAGUUAACAAAAUUUUAUGUGCUAUUUUAAAAAAAAAACCAUACAGGAAACAGGUCCUCCAGUCAUUAGAAGGACCAGAUCACUUCAUAGACAGGAAAUCAAACACAAGUCUCUAACUGUCUAAAACAUUCUUAAGUUCCAGGGGACUUUUCCCCAGACUGUGACACAAAGAUAUCUGUAAAAAGGUACACCAGUGAUUUUUUUGCAUAUACGUGAUUAGGCUAGAUCCUAAAACACAUGGGGCUUAAUGAGCCUAGGAGGCUUUUGUAUCAAUAAGCACAUUGGGCACACUCUAAAAUUGUGCUCCCUGUAUGUUUUAAAAGAAAAAGACCUGUUUUGAUAAAUCUGUAUAGAGGAUAAUAUUUUGUUUGAUCUACAUACUCAUUUUUCUUCAGCGCUGACCACUUUUCCAUAACUUGUUUGCUAUAUCUUUACUUUAAAUAUGAGUUGUUUGAGGCAAAUACUUUAAAAAAGCAUUAUCAACAUUUAUUGGAAAUGUUGUAUAAAUUCAUAAUGAGACAUCAUUAUGUGUCUGGGAAUUUUAAUCCCAAGAAGUAAGUGUCCCAGAGUCAGACACCCUCAUUGUUGUUCAGAAGCUCUUUACAUGUUUGUGUGGUCCAGUGUAGCUCAGGAAACCAGAAGCUAAAGAAGAAACAUGCAAGUGUAUCGUUACCCUGGUUAUAAUUGUUUCUUUGAGACUUAAUGACGUUGACUUCACUCACAGACUGUAGGUGUGUGAUGAUUUUAGCUAAAGAUCCCAAAUCACUGUGGCCCUGUGGACUUAUUUCAAGGACCGGAGAGAGCAGAUGCACCCGUACAGCUUGUUUUAAGGGCUGUGCUUAUAUUUAUAAUUUUGCUUCUCUUCCUCUUUCCCCCCAUAACACAUAUAUUCUUGUGAUGUUUAUUUUGGUCAAGGGGGUGAUCUUUGGAAGAAAUACCCGGAUGUAAGCUGCUCACAAACAGUAAAGGGGUAUAAAUUGCCAUAGCCUCCACAGGGCAAAGGAGGCUUGAAUGCCUCUGGGCAGUCUCCCAUGUUAAAAAAAAAAAAAACUGAGAGGAAGAAGGCAGAGUACUGAGUUCUUGUUUUUUGUUACAUAUGGGUUAUAUAUGAGGCUGAACCAUAUGAAAUUACCGAUGUGCAGCCAUUGCUGGUCUAUAAAAAGAGCAGCAGUGUAUGUCUCAAUUUGACACUAGGAGUGCAGGCUCAAAUCUCUAGGAGGCAAAAGGAGACUGCUUUCUGGAAACUCUGUAGUGAGAGUAUUUUUCUCUAACUCGUGUAGAUCAAAACUGGUAAUGUUGUAUCUCUUAGAAGAACGUUUCAGCACAGAGGCUGCAGCAUGUCACUAUUCAGGUGGAAUGUGCGUGCAGUGGAAAGGUUAAAAUAUACUCUCAGCCUGUAGCAUUGUUCAUCUCAUGAGCUUGAGAAGAGACCACUUAACAUGCAGCAUUUGUAACAAAACAAAAUGCCUCAUAUUAACCUAAAAAGAAUGUGUCUUGCAAAUGCCAUGGAAAUGGAUAUUUAUCUCCUAGUAAGUAUUAUGACUAUUACCAAAGGACUCAACCAGAUUUAGGGUUCUUCUUAAUUGAUCAUGUUAGGAAAGGGGCUGAUGACGUCCCACUUGGACACAUGGGAGAGAAGGAAAUAAAUGUUGAAAUCAUAAAUGCUUUUCUAACAGGGUUGUGCUAUUCUGUAACACUAAUUGUCUUUUUCUUUCUCUUAAAAAUGAAGUUUUAUUAAUAAUUUUGUCUUAUAUUUCUCAAUAUUUGAAUAUAUUUUAACUGUUUAUGUCCUAAAUUCUUUUUGUCUUAGACAUCAGAACUUUACUUGCCUAAUAAGAUUGGGUUCUAGAGUACCCAUUUGCUGUCUCUUAGAGGCCGAGGCUUCAUUUCUAUGAGUAAAAAGCUCAUUAGCAAUGUAGUUAUUUCAGUAUUUAUUUCUAUUAUGGAAUCCCUGGGGUUCAGAAUGUAACUUUGUACAUGAAAUAUAUAUAAAUAUGUAUAUGAAACA